GUAACAUCAGCUGAUCCCUCCCUCCUUCCUCUCUAAUCCCUUCCCUCUCCCUCACACUCCCUCACACAAACACCACUCUGCUCUCUCUCUCUCAGAUAGGCAGCGCAGACGUGGGCAGAGUGUGGGGGUAUAGGAAGAGGAGAGAGCGGGAGGGUAGGUAGUAGUGUGUGUGAAGCUAUCAGACAGCAUGGUCUGGGUCUAAGGACAGCACUGGAAGACGCAGCAGCAGCCUCCAGAUCUCCAUGUAGACCAGUGUGGUGACAUCCACAGAUCACCUGGACCUGUCCAACUAUCAGCACCCACCCAGGACAACACCCACCUCUUCCAGAGAAGCAAGAGGAGGAGGACGAGGGGGGUGGGUCUGUUUAUCUUCUUUUGUUUUUCUUUUCUCAGUUUUUUGGUUUUGGGAGUAGGCUCCGGGCUGGACCGCAUGCAUGACACAACGCAAAGGCGAGAAACCCACCAUCAGCAUCCAGGAGCACAUGGCCAUUGACGUGUGCCCUGGCCCCAUCCAGCCCAUCAAACAGAUCUCUGACUAUUUCCCCCGUUACCCGCGGGGCCUCCCCCCUGCUGUGCCCCACCAAGUGGGCCAAGCCGGGCCCCUGUGCUCUGCCCUCUCCACCUCCCUGGCCGCUGCCUCUGCCACCGCCGCUGCCACCGCCACUGGCGAAAGCGACCGCCCCAAUGAGGAUAAACCAGACCGGGCUUGUGCCGGAGCCUCCGCCUCCUUACAGGCCACCAAGAGGGACGAGGACCCCGACGUGGAGGGAUACGACUCAGAUGACUCCACUACAUUGGGGACCUUGGUCUUCAGUUUGCAGUAUGACCAGGAGAACAAUGCACUGCACUGCACCAUUAACAAAGCCAAGCUUCCUGUCCCCAGAUACAAGAAGGGUCUCAAGCCGAUGGACCACAAUGGGCUUUCCGACCCCUACGUCAAAUUGCACCUACUGCCAGGAGCCAGCAAGGCCAAUAAACUUAGAACCAAGACCCUGCACAACACACUCAACCCUGUCUGGAGCGAGACCCUGACCUACUACGGCAUCACCGACGAGGAUAUGGUCCGCAAAACACUCAGGAUUUCAGUGUGUGAUGAGGACAAAUUCCGCCACAACGAGUUCAUCGGGGAAACGCGAAUCCCCCUCAAGAAGCUGAAGCCCAACCAAAUCAAAAACUUCAACAACUGCCUGGAGAAACAGUUACCUGUCAACAAAACAGAAGACAAGUCCCUGGAGGAGCGAGGACGCAUCAUGAUUUCUCUUAAGUACAACACCCAGAAGUCUUGCCUGGUAGUGGGCAUCAUACGCUGCGCUCACCUCGCCGCCAUGGACGCCAACGGCUUCUCCGACCCCUACGUCAAAACGUACCUGAAGCCUGACGAGAACAAAAAGUCAAAGCACAAGACUGCUGUGAAAAAGAAGACACUCAAUCCCGAGUUCAACGAGGAGUUCUGUUACGACAUAAAAUAUGCAGACCUCACCAAAAAGACCUUGGAGGUGACCGUGUGGGACUACGACAUCGGAAAGUCCAACGAUUUCAUAGGUGGUGUAUCUCUGGGUAUCAAUGCAAACGGAGAGAGGCUCAAACACUGGUUUGACUGCCUUAAAAACAAAGACAAGAAAAUUGAGCGCUGGCACACGCUGACCAAUGAAUUACCUGGUUCAUUAAAUGACUGAAGACCCACAGCCUGUCAUCCAACCUGUUGGCCCCCGUCCCCUCCCUGGUUGCACCAGAUAGGACUCCUGCCUUCAUUUUCCUUACUCCUCCUCCCAGCUCUUCUUCUCUGGAUUUUCCUCAUGUUGGCCACAGCGACCUGUGACACCUCUUUGGGAAUAUAUUCCCUCUCAACAGGGCUCAUUUAAAAAUAUCCAAAAACUUACGUUUGUAUUAAACACUUUCACAUCUACAAUAGGGGUUGCACGGCUGCUCAGUUAUUUUUCUUUUAAGAGAAAUUCAAUCAACAAAAUUAAUCACGGGGAUCAUAGUGUUGAAUUUUAAGCUUCAUAAUUCUGAUUCCUUGUAUGAUCAGUGAAGAUAAAAGGAGCAAAUGCUUUCUAGUUGAUGAGAUCUUUUACAGCAGCUAAAUGAUUUACCAAUGGUUCACCAGUCCCUGAAACAAAGCCUUCAUACUAUCAUCUUGGUGGUAAAAGAGUGGAGAAUCUAACAAAGGAUGUAGCAAAAUGUCAUAAUUAAAAAUGUAAUGGGCUGCGUUGAGGGCAUGUUGUUUCAGGUAUUGGUGAGACGCUGAACUGAACAAUUAUUGAACACCAAAACACUGCACAACAGCUUAUAUUACAGGGAAGGAUUUUGAAACUCUGGAAAGUUAUCACAGCAGAAAUCACUUUAUCUUUUGUCACAUCAAUCGCGAGGUAAACAGUAGAAAUACAGCGUUUACAUUACAAAGUAAUCCACCUGGAAUGUACACUUCCACGCAUUUGAUUGGCCAACGCAAUGUCUUAACCAGAGGACGUUGUGUUGCCGCAGAAGUUGAGCCAGGUUCAGGUGCAUUUGUUUUUGACAGGGCCCUCUUUGUCAGCAUCCCGUUGCCUCAGCGUUAUGGCCUUCCGUGCUGUCGUCUCUCUGAACGCAUCGUUGUCAGAUUGUCUGAGACCCCCCCUCUCCACCAUUGGAAAGAGGGGUCUCAGAAACUGUUACCUAUGACAAGUACUUUGUUUGAAGUAUAGUGAGGCCUUCAGUACUCUUCCCAGUAAGCUGCAGUGCUGUUUGUUGGAAAGGCGAAAGUACCAUAACCACGUCAACAACACAAAACAACUCCAAAAUCCAAGGCUUAGUGGGUAUAAGGAGACAGAUGUUGGCAGUUGAUGGUCAUAAAUUCUGCUUGGGGGAUGUUGGGGGAAAGGGACUGAUGCUCAUCUGUAAGGUGGCAGGAUGACCAAAUUUUUGUCCAAUAAGCAAACUGUUUGGCCAGUGUGAACUAAAUGAGAGAGAUACAAAAAUCAACUUUGCCUAAACUCCUCCUCAAGGCUACUUACAAGUAUUCAUCACGUAACAAACACUGAUUCCCUGUGUGUCUCUGUAUAGACUAAUCAAUACGAGACAAUGCCAGGUGUCAUAGCACUGUCUACUUGGACUACUCACUGAUUUUUCAGUGCAACCCCUAAUCUAUAGAGCUGCCUAGCUGUGUGGUAAUCUUGAUGUCAAGGCUCCUCAAGUGUUUUAUCCAUUCAGUCAUCCUAUCCAGACUUCAAAAUAGCUGGUUUCUUAAUUUACAGUGCUAAAGCGAUGGGUUGCUAAAUCAAAUAUGCAUUUAGAAAUUCAAGUAAAAUUUGAGAUGGAUGGGCCACAGCAUUGUUUUCAGUCAGCUGGCUGUCUGCCUGUGGUCAAAAGUGAUUUUUACAUUGAAUGCUUUAAAGAACCGGGGUUCAGACUUCAAGGGCAAGUGCAGUAAGAGCAGGGUAUAGGGGGAAAACACGUUCUGGCUUGUUUGUAUUUGUUUAAAUUAAUGACAAUUGUGGAUGCAGCGAUGGUGCCCUUGCAAAAUAUUGUCGGGGGGAUCUUGUUUUGGUGGAACAUUUGCACUUGGGGAGGCGAGCCAUGGCAUUAAAAUGGCUAAAUCCCCGCAAAAGAAAAUGGCACAAAAAAACAGUAAAAGAAGUAUGUCAACUAUGUGAUACGAAUUUUACUGAUAAAAAAGACAAACAUAACUUGAGCAUCAGUGCCCUAGCGGUGAAGUCUGCCUAUACUUCAGCUCUGGAGGAGCUCACUGGACUUGUUAAAACCAUAGAUGAUUUAAUAGCAGUAUGUAGCUCUUGCAGAACAUUAUUAAACCGAUAGCACAGAAGCUCGUGUGAAGUGGAAGGAUCGGUACAUUGGUCAAUGUCAGCUCACUGCAGAUGACAGGCCAUGCUUAGAAUAUGAAACUUUUUCCAUAACCAGUGGGCAAAUGUGCAAGAACGUCUUUGUAUAUCUUUACAACCAUGCACCGAAAGAACCAAGCAGGCCUGCCUUAUUGCACGAUCCAAAUCUUCGCCAAAACUUGCCAUUUUCAGCGUGUGGGUUGCCAGCUCGGAGGUUGUUGCCGUUUCACGUAGCGGCGAAGACUUAAAACGAAAACGGUGACACGCAGAUAGCGGAAGGGGAGGAGAAUUCCAACUGAAAUAGUUGGCCAAUGGCAGGCUUAUACCCGCAGCCUACUUCCUGUGAGUCAGACUAGUAAGAGCAUAAUCGUGUAAUAGCUGCUUUGUGAUUAGUCAGGAGCUGAAGAGGGUUAUGGACAUUAAAGUAGGUCUCAUAUGCAGCUGAUAUUCUGUGGAUAAUUUUGGCACAGAGGUGGAAACAUUCACUGUCACUGUAAACUGCCAUCCCGUCACACAGCCUUACUUCACUGUGUGGAAAAUAGAGAGCCUACUUGUUAGAGACCAGCUGCAAUCAACAACAGAAUGAAGUUCAGUGGGUGACCCGCCUGGUGAAAAUCACUUGUCGAACCACAAUACCACAUGAUUGGGCAGCUCUAUAGUGUGUGUGUGUGUGUGUGUGUGUGUGUGUGUGUGUGUGUGUGCAGCUUAUUGUUUACACUACAGAAAAUGAGUUUCCACAAAAACUCGCUGAUGGCAUUUUCAACUGUAAUGUGGCUGAAAAUGUGCCUGCUGUUUGUCAAAAGGGCAGAAUUUUCAAAACGGAAAGUUUACGUCAAAUAUUUAAAAAAAAUAAUAAUAAUAACAAAAGCAUGUAAUGUUUACAACAGCCUAUUGUUGCUGAAAUUCAAGUUUGCCACUGAAAGGGGCAAAACUCUGUGCGAUUGUUCGGUCGUGCAAUGCAAGCUUUGCUAAAAUGGGCCAGGGUGAGAAGGGCAGAAUUUUUAAUAUACUAGCCGUGUAUGUAUAUUGUUACUAUGUUGUUGCAUCUGUUAAGUUGUUUUUUUUUAUGUAAGCAGCUCCACUAUAAAUAUAUCAAACAGAAUGUACAUGUUUAACCCCUUCUAUUCCACAGUAAAUCCUCUAAGAAUGUGCAGCUUAGUGCUCUGUGUUGUUGAUAUUGUUCAUAUGUCAAAUCUAAAGCUCUGUAUUUGGGCACACAUAUCCGGGAAUAGAGAUGGUUGAACUCACAGCCCAGAAGCAAACUACCGGGGGCAAUGACACUCUAGUCAUAUACUAAGAUAACUAAAGUUUUACUUUGACUCCUUCUAGCCUGUUGAAUUAUUUACGUUUUGUUUUUUUCAUUCAAUAUUUUAUGUUUUUGUUUGAUACCCCGAGUCCCUGUGCAGUUCUGGAAACUUUCCAGGGCUGAAAACUCCUAACUUGAGUUGCCCUCAUGGAUCAGUGGGCUGGGAUGCAUGCCAUGUAUUUGUGAUUUUAUGAGUUUGAUUCUGCAGUAUGACCUUUUCUGCAUGCCCCCGCACCCACCUUUCUUGUAAAUUUCCACCGUGCACUGACUGGUAACACAGAAACGCCAUACAGAUAGUCCUCACGUAACGUUCAGGAUUCCUGUCAGGCUUGCAAUUCAGCUAACAGCUUUUUGUCAUUACCUCACGUCACUGUAAGCCAGGCAUGUUUGUUUUUAGGAGCAUGUCGAUUCUGUCAGUGUGGCUGACUGUUUUUAUAAUCGCAUCAUUUAAACUCACUAAUUACAGCUGGUGAAUAGUGACAAACAGCCCUAACGUCCAUUUGUUAUAUUAUUUAACCUUCUUGACCCAUAGUUUGAUUUAUGACAUAGUGUUAUUAGAACUAUUACAUUGCUUUCACACUACAUUCCAUUCAUUUUGAAGAACAAUUGAUUUUGACAAAUGGUAUCGCACCUUCAAAGCUGGGGAAUUAAAUGUUUAAUGCAUCACAUCGGGCCUCACAUUUCUUUAAGUGUUAAGACACAUUUAUUUGUGAGGCACAAACCGGCUGUGAAACCUUGUUGGCAUCUCAAUAUACUCCUUGACACAACAGUGAUCCCUCUGUCUCUCUCUGAUGAAUAUGUAAUGAAUACAACUGACAUGUGAUUUUGAUUUUGUAAUCUGUCUGCCUUUGUAUGCAAGCUCAAUAUUAUGAAAAAAACAAAACUGCAUGCAGAUGUUCUUGGUUUUGUCAUGAGAUGACUUUGCCUAAUGUUUGAUACUGUUUUCUGUAUUAAAAAAAAAACAAAAUAUACGACUGUGGAUGCUCUAAAAUUAUGCUAGCAAGUCAGUCUUUCUUCUGGACAACAUUUUGUACCUUUGAACACUAUCGCAUUGCCUGUUUGGCUGCUGUAUUGACUAUCUGGAAGCGUGACUUGAUGUGAAUUAAAAUCUCUCCUUUGUU